CCGUACCCCAAGCAGAAUGGACAAAACAUCCGCUGAAUCCCCUUCUGCUUCUGCUGCCUCACCCUUCACCCACACUGGUUCGUCCUUAGAAAGUAUUGGUCCCUAUGGGAGCAAGUACAAUCCAAGAAUCAUCGAAGUGAAUCUGGCCCAGGCAGAACGUCAUGAACGUUUUGACGUGAAGAUCAAUCGCAAGCGAGUGUGCGAUGGAUUUGCUUGGAAAACCUUGCACAUCAAGACACCCAUUGGAUGCCAUGACGAAAAGAUUUGGCAAGCUUUCAUGGAUACAAGUGACUCUUCCGAGCAUCGUUCAUUCUACAUUCAAGGGCCAUCUUGGGAUUGCCACUAUGCCGCUGCAAGCAACCGCAAGGUCAAUAGUGAUGCCACUGAAAUCCUUGAUGCGGAUUACAAUGCUGACAGCAACAUUAGCAAAGAUCCUGCCCGCCACGACAUGUUCUGGAAGUUCGUGCUUCCAAAAGGUUGGGAGCUAGACAACUUGGCCUUGUCUCGUGACCACCACGAGAUCAAGUCCAACAGUUUCGUUGUUGGUGAAAAAGUUGGAACCUUUGAAUUCAACACUCUCUAG